AACAGGCAAACAAAAAUGAGAAUUCAGAAAUAAUAAAACAAAACAAAAUAAAAUAUGAUAGAUAAUGCAAAGUAGGUGACUACCCAAAAAAUUAUAAUGAAAAAAAUUGUGAAGGAAGUUACUUGGUCACUCUGUCUAUAUUGUGACUCAAACGCUUAGUGUUUCUUUCCUACACCACCUUCUUCACAUUCCUCUUUCUUGUUUCUAUAUGUGCUUUACAACAAUAAUUAUAUUGAAACCACGUUUUUACUUUGAAAAUAUUUUGUUGCACAUUGGAGCACCACGUCGUACACCUCAAUCUAGAUUUUGCAUUGCAUGGCUCUGUAGCUAGUUAAUUGAAUAUGAGAGGAAUAAUGGGAACUUCUCCUCGUUCUGUUGAAGCUAGACAUCGUUUGCCUUCAUCCAUUGAAGAUUUAUACAAGAGAAAGGUGUCAAGAAGUAAAGUGAAAGAUUUAGAAAAGCCUUUCCACUUAUCUAUCCAAGAUAGAAACUUAAGAUGCAAGUUUUCUUUCUUAAAACUUAUCCUAUUGAUAACCAUUUCCGCCACUUUUGUAAUGUUCCUCUACUCUCCAGAGAUUUACAAUACCACCCAUUUAACAGGCUCUAGCGCAAGGUGGAUAUGGGGUGGCUCGGAUCCUCGGUACAUAUCAAAUGUAGAUACUGAUUGGGGUGAUAUAAUGAAAAUCACAGAGAAACUGAAAGAAAAAAAUGAAUUUCAAGGCAUUGGACUUCUAAAUUUCAACAACACUGAGAUUUCUACCUGGAAGCAUAAAUUUCACGAUGCCACACAUGUUGCUCUACAUCUAGAGCAUGCUGCAAACAGUGUGACAUGGGAGUCUCUAUAUCCAGAAUGGAUUGAUGAGGAAGAAGAAACUGAAGUUCCUGUUUGCGCUUCUUUACCAAGUCUUGGAUCUCCUGGUACAAGACUCAAUCUCAUUGCUGUUAAGCUACCUUGUAAGAAUGGAGCUAACUGGUCUCGAGAUGUCGCUCGUUUGCACCUGCAGCUUGCAGCUGCUGGCCUUGCUACCUCAUUCAAAGGCAAUUACCCCAUUUAUGUGCUCUUCAUUACCAACUGUUUUCCGAUACUGAAUCUGUUUACCUGCAAAGAAUUAGUUGGACGUGAAGGAAAUGUAUGGUUAUACAGACCAAACUUGAGUGUUUUGAGAGAAAAGGUUCAGCUUCCAGUUGGAUCAUGUGAACUUGCACUUCCUAUGAGAGGCAGAGAACUGGUUUACAAUGGAAAUGCUCCAAGAGAAGCCUAUGCAACAAUUCUGCAUUCAGCUCAUGUUUAUGUUUGUGGAGCCAUAGCUGCAGCACAAAGCAUCCGAAUGUCAGGAUCAACUAGAGACCUUGUAAUACUUGUUGAUGAGACAAUCAGUGGAUAUCACAGAAGCGGUUUGGAAGCAGCGGGGUGGAAGGUUAGAACAAUAAAGAGAAUCAGAAACCCCAAAGCUGAAAAAGAUGCUUACAAUGAAUGGAAUUACAGCAAAUUCAGGUUGUGGCAGCUUACAGAUUAUGACAAGAUAAUAUUCAUUGAUGCAGAUUUACUCAUACUCAGGAACAUAGAUUUUCUAUUUGGGAUGCCGGAAAUCACUGCUACCGGUAACGAUGCCACUCUUUUUAACUCAGGUGUCAUGGUGGUUGAGCCAUCAAACUGCACAUUUCAGCUCCUGAUGGAUCAUAUAAAUGAGAUUGAAUCCUACAAUGGAGGGGACCAAGGGUAUUUGAAUGAAAUAUUUACAUGGUGGCACAGGAUACCAAGACAUAUGAACUUCUUGAAGCAUUUUUGGGUUGGUGAUGAGGAAGAGAAGAAGCAAAUGAAAACCAUGUUGUUUGGUGCUGAGCCACCAAUUCUCUAUGUGCUUCACUAUUUAGGUUUGAAACCAUGGUUAUGCUUCAGGGACUAUGAUUGUAACUGGAAUGCCGAUAUAUUUCACGAGUUUGCAAGUGAUGUAGCACAUGCAAAGUGGUGGAAGGUGCAUGAUGCAAUGCCUAAGCUUUUACAACAGUUUUGCCUGUUGCAGUCAAAGCAGAAGGCACAGUUGGAGUGGGAUCGGAGCCAAGCGGAAAUAGCAAACUACACAGACGGGCACUGGCGAAUCAAAGUUAAGGAUCGACGCUUGAAGAAGUGUAUAGAUAAUCUUUGUGACUGGAAAAGCAUGUUGCGGCAUUGGGGAGAGAGUAACUGGACAGAUGAUGAGUCUUUUACUCCAACACCUCCCACAGUUACCAUGUCAUCUCUUUCUGCUUUAUGAGCUCUUAAAUUCAUUUUCUACUUUCCUUGCCUAUUAUUAGUUUCACAACUUUAUCCCAUUAGAGAUGGGAUCGGCAUAAGAAAAAAGGGAUAAAGGAGAAAAAAAAUCCGUGUACACAUUUUUUUAUUCUUAAAAAUGGUCUGUUCUACAGCUUUUUUACUCUGAUAAUGUGGAAGCAGAUUCCAGCACAAUUCAAUUUUUGAGGGAUUUCCCUAAAUGAAUCGAUAUUGUAUGACUCUCUGGUGUUUGGGUACAAAAGAGAAACAGUGUAAUAUAUGCGAAUGUGCAACAAUCAUAAACUGGACAGAGACACAAUUCAGAAGCAUAAAACAUACUUGAAACAAA